CUACAAAAGCCUCUCAAGACGAACAAUAUCUAUCAAUACACACAGAAGAACAGGAGUAAAGUAGCUAGGGUUUUUGUGUCGAUCGAAGAACGAGAGCAAAAGCAACAAUGUUUCCUUCCAUGUUUGCCCGCAAACCUGACAAAGAGGUGGCUCUGAAGCAGCUUCGGACCCACGUAGCCAUGUUCGGGGUCUGGGUCGCCGUGGUUCGAGUCACUCCUUACAUUCUUCACUACUUUUCCGAUGACGAUGAACUCAAGCUUGAACUCUGAUCCGUCCUCUUCAAAUCGAUUUCUUAUGAGAUGUGUAGUUGGUUUGAGACGGGAAGAAUGCUGGGACGCAGAGUAGCUCUUUUAGGGGUUUUCCUUUUAUCUUUUUCAUUUCUCAUUUUUGGUUUGUCCCUUUUCAAUUGAAUCCUGAAAAAUAGUGUGACUGGCAUGCACUUGUGAUGGAUUAUAUGUUACUUUAGAUCUCAAGCAAAUGGAGAAUUAAAUUCUGGUUUA